AAGAAUGGGCGAUGCCAAAAUUUACGUGGUCAGUGUCGCUGCUCAGCGAAAGGACAAUGUCGUCGAACGUAUGUUCAUCAAUGCCGGUUUUUUUUCCACAGGAAAGUGCUGGAUCAUCGCGGCGAUGUUUUUUGUUUGCUCACGCAAUCCUCUCGACGCAUGCUUUCAGUCUUGGCUGGGGACUCACUGAGUUCACUGAGCUCAAGACACUGCACAGUGGGAUCGACUUUGUAUAUACACACCAUUGAGGAAAGCUAGUUGGCGGUUGCGCUGGCUGCCUUUUCAGAUGGCGAGUUGUAAUGCAGAUUUCGAAAGAAAUGUCGGUGCGUGUGUGGACUGUAGUGCUCAGCUAUACGGAAAGAUGAUGCCCCGCAUCCUCUUGAUGGUAGUUGCUGUCUUGACUCUUUCGAGUCUUCGGACAAGCGCUGCUUUGCGAAGCACCGCACCGGUCCGUAUUUUUGACAAAGAAAUAAAAACGGUUCUGCCAGUCUGCAGCGCCGUCGAACCGGGAUCACUUCACAUCGGAGACUCCUGUUUGUCUGAUUGCGGCGGCGCCUGUCGUGGAGCUGCCGCUCGACCAGGAUUUCGACUGAUCUCUGACAAUGAGCAAGUAGAUUUUUCCCAAGGAUGCUCCGGAAACGAGAUCAGAAAAAUAUGCUCCGUUGGUGUAUCAAAUCCCGGCGGCUACCCUUUGUGUGAGGAGCUGGACACGCAGGCGUGUGGACACGGGUGCAGCUGUUGGAGUACUUGUACGGAUCACAACUGCAAUCCGGAUGCUCUCUCUGCUGGCUUCUUCUUCGUAACUGAACCAAAAACCAUCACACCUAGCGGCUGUCUAAUAGAUCUUCACCGGCAACUUUGUAAAGCUGGCAUAACCGGAGUAACAAACGACUUCUGGAUUGCCGCUCUUAUUAUUUUGCUUAUAGUUGCCACAGUGGGUGCACUGUAUUACUACUAUAGAUGA